UUGUUUUUCCUUUUUUGAAGACGUUUACGUAAGCCACUCCCUGCCUGCGCGGUGACGUCAGGGGGCGUUCCAAACAAAGGACAGAGGGGACUCCACAAUGGGAGACAGUUUCCAUGAACAGCUGUUGGCGGACAGCGCCUUCCUCAGAGCUGACCGCAGACUGGACACAGAGCUGCUGGACAAAAUCAUCCUGCAGCUCAACAGGAUCUACCCGCAGAUCCUGUCAGACAAGGAGGCCACCAAAUUCAGAAACUUGGAUGUGUCUACAAGUGUCCGAGUGGGUGAGCUUCUGACCCACCUGCAGGGGAAAGGAGAUGAAGCCUGCAGGGAGUUCUACAGAGCUCUUCACCUGCAUGUGGAGGAAGUUUACUACAGCUUGCCUACCAGGCUGCGCCUCAGAGAUUCCUUAGAUCCCCUCACAAUUCCACGUGUCCAACAACAGAGACAUGUUCUAAAUGACAGAGGUCCGGUCUUCUUUCUGGGCUGUUUCAGCGUUGCAGUGGGAAUGGCUUUACUUUACUACUACAGUGAGACAAAAGUGACGGGAGGUAGCCGGGCCCUCGGGAUGGCAUCUCUGGGUUUGAAACGAAAAGCUCAGGAAGUUCUCAUAUGGUACACUGAAGAAGGCCUCAUGAAGUAAGGGAGGAGGGGGGCGACUCCUUCGCACCAGGUGCUUCAGCAGUUCUGCUCCUAUGAAUUGCACCAAAGCAUAGCACACUAUAUAUUUUCAGGAUUUGAUACUCAUUUUGUACACACUUGUAUGAAGUAUUCUGGUUGUGGUCUAAAAUGAGGAAUAUGGGGUAUUUAGUCCUAGGCAUAGAGCUACAUUUGGCCCUUUGCUCUGUUUUCCUCACAUGUUGUUACCUAUUUAAGUUGGCAAAUGGGACUGAAUACACUCAUGGCAUGAACACAGGGAAAUCAAAAACAAGCUCAUUAAAGAAGUUGUUCUCACUACCUUUUUAAUGUGGAACAAAAUAACUUUUACAAACCAAAUAAACAAGAAAAACAUAGUAUAGUGUCAAAAUUAGACAUAAAUAAAUAUUUACAAUUGGAAGUAUGUUAUUGACUAUAAAUUGUCAAUUUUCAGCAAAGCUAAAUAUAGCCUCCAAUUAAUUGGUGUAUUUUGCAGUCCUAUAAUAACUAUCCUUAAAUGCAGAAAUGAUAAUUUCGUACUGAGAAUAUCCUAAAACAUUUUUUUUUGUGAUGAUGAAUAACAUUGCCAACUGAUGUCAAGCAUACAACUUAAAAGUUCUCCCCAAAUGUAUUCAGAAACCAACUCCAUGAUGCUCAGCAUUGGUGGAACAAUACUGCCCUCUUGUGGCUAAAAGUGAACUACAUCACCAGCAGUGCACACAUAUGUUGGCUUGUCUUGUUUUCAUAAUAGCUUCCCGAAAAUCUGCUGCUCACAUUUAGACAGAAAACGGGAUAAGGCGUUUUAACAGCAAGACAUUAUAUUGAGCCGUGUCUGUAUAAUAACACUUUUAGACGAGUUUUGCAACCACGUGAUUCCCUCCGCCAAUGAAACACGCUACCACCUCUUCCCAUAAUGCAGUGCGCAUUAUGGGAAGAGCUACCCAAAACAUAAAUAAUGUCUAAUGAAGAGUCGUAAUAUAAGUAAGUCGUAAUACAAAUUAAACAGUAAUUGAACUUUUUACGAAUGAAAUAUUCACCAUGUGUGUCUAAUAUAUGUGUUUUUGUUUAGUAUCCUAUUCUGAAGUUACACCGUAAUAAAAAGUAGGUUCCGUAUGCCCUGGUAUAUAUAGGGCGGAGUUACUUAUUCUCUAUGUGUUGUAUGAAAGGAGAGAAGGUUAGCACUCCCCUCGACAAGGAUGGAAUUGGCCCUAGUGGCCAUCAACACAUAUACGGUUAAGGCACUGCCACUUACUUCGUGGCAUCUAUAACCAGAUUUUUUGAUUAGUAUAAAUUCGACUUAAUCCAACAAUUAUUUACUAUCUCUUAAUUUUCUUUUCCCCGUUCAACGUUUAGACCAUUUACUCUAAGUUUUACUGCAGGAUGUGAACUCUUACAGAAAUGCCUUCAGCAUUUAGCCUCUGCUGAAUACACGAAGGGUUACUGAAACUCCUGUUUUUUCUAUCUCAUAGAAGGAGCUAAUAAACUCAGUUUGUGAGCGUUAAAGUGCAUUCAAAUUUGUAUAUAAUUCACAGCUAUAGAUAUUGUAUUUUAUAGAUAGAGUGGAUAUUAUAUUAAUCUCAUUGUGCCUUUUGGUUGACUAUUUGUCAAUAAUUUAAUAAAUUGUAUUAAUUUACUCUACACAGAUAGGUAGAAUUAGUUGGUAUUUCUCAGGCUGUUUGUAAUCCAUGACAUAGAGAACAUACUAGUAACUAUCAUAAUGGUGCUGUGGUACGACUGUCUCCUUAUUAAUGGUCUCUUGCUGGGGUAGACUUCAGGGUAUCAAAAGCCAAUACCAAGAAAAUCUAAAAAUGUUCAAUGUGCAUGACUUUGUUGUUAUUGUACGAAUCAAUUUUGUAUUAUUAUUCUAAAAGGAAAUAUUGAUAACUGAUUUUGGAUGUCCAUUGCCUGGUGGUUUGUUACAUUUUGUGUAAUGUGUCACGUACAAAGGCCUUAAAUUAGAAGUGCCAUCGUUUGAACUGAGACUUUGGUCUUUUAUAAAAAUGCAUGAUAAGAAUAAACGGGACAAAAAACACA